AUGAGUCUCAAAAGCAAUAACUUGUUAUCUCUUUUGGUUCCCAUUGCUGCAAUUUUUGCAUCUUUGUAUCUCAUCAAUCCAAAUCCACAGUUUUUCACAUCUUUGUCUCCAUCAUCUAUUUACUUUGGAAGAGACCACCAUCAUCAUAGGCCACACAAAAAAAAACCUGACUCUGAGAAUAAUGAUUCUGUUUGUGAUGAUUUUCCACCAGGAAUUCCACCUCCAAACACCAAUACAACUUCUUAUCUUUGCGUUGAUCGAAAAGGGUGUUGUAAUUUCACAACAGUACAACAAGCUGUUAAUGCAGUUCCUGAUUUCAGCUUAAAAAGAACCAUAAUAUGGAUAAACAGUGGCUUCUACUAUGAGAAAGUCAUGGUUCCAAAAACCAAACCAAACAUUACAUUUCAAGGACAAAGCUACACUUCAACUGCACUUGCAUGGAAUGAUACAGCAAAAUCUGCUAAUGGCACAUUUUAUAGUGGUUCUGUACAAGUUUUUGCCUCCAACUUCAUUGCUAAGAACAUAAGCUUCAUGAAUUUAGCGCCAAUGCCAGCUCCCGGGGCCGAAGGAGCACAGGCAGUAGCCAUGAGGAUAUCAGGAGAUCAAGCUGAAUUCCGAGGCUGCGGAUUCUUUGGAGCUCAAGACACCCUUCAUGAUGAUAAGGGUCGUCAUUACUUCAAAGAUUGCUAUAUACAAGGAUCCAUUGAUUUCAUCUUUGGCAAUGCAAGGUCACUCUAUGAGAAUUGUCAACUAGUUUCUAUAGCAAAUCCAGUACCUCCAGGACAAAAGAACAUAAACGGCGCGAUUACCGCUCAUGGUAGAGUUUCAGGAGAUGAAAACACAGGAUAUGUAUUUGUGAACAGUACAAUAGGAGGCAAUGGUAGAAUAUGGUUAGGUAGGGCAUGGAGACCAUAUUCUCGUGUCAUAUUUGCAUUCACAGUUAUGUCUGAUAUCAUUGCACCUGAAGGUUGGAAUGAUUUCAAUGACCCUACAAGAGACCAGACUAUAUUUUAUGGAGAGUACAAUUGCUCUGGGCCAGGGGCUAAUGUGAAUAGCAGGGCCCCUUAUGUACAGAGAUUGAAUGAUACACAAGUUUUUCCAUUCCUCAAUACAAGUUUUAUUGAUGGUGAUCUAUGGUUGGAAACUUAG